CGGGGGUCAGGGUUGACAGUAUCCACACAGUCGUGGAAGGAGUGCUAAGCUAACUGCGACCACCGCUACGAGCUACAUGUGGAGGGUAACACGGGAGGCAUCCCCAACCCUAACUCUGUCAAAAUUCCUUUUUUUACCCAAAACAACUCUAAAGUUCGGCCUAUUCGAAAAUAAGGAAUAUUAACUGUAUACAAUGAAAGGUAGCCGGAUCGAGCUGGGGGACGUUACGCCCCACAACAUUAAGCAGCUUAAACGCCUGAACCAGGUCAUCUUCCCUGUCAGCUACAAUGACAAGUUUUACAAAGAUGUACUGGAAGUUGGAGAGCUUGCAAAGCUAGCAUACUUCAACGACAUUGCAGUGGGCGCUGUGUGCUGCAGAGUGGACCACUCUCAGAACCAGAAGAGACUGUACAUCAUGACGCUUGGCUGUCUAGCACCCUACCGUAGACUUGGAAUUGGUACAAAGAUGCUGAAUCAUGUACUAAACAUCUGUGAGAAGGACGGCACUUUUGACAACAUUUACCUUCAUGUGCAGAUCAGCAAUGAGUCAGCGAUUCACUUUUACCAGAAGUUUGGCUUUGAGAUCAUCGAGACAAAAAAGAAUUACUACAAGAGGAUAGAGCCAGCAGAUGCCCAUGUAUUGCAAAAGAGUCUGCGCAGCCCGUGUGCACCCCCCACCGGAGAGCUUCAGAAGGCAGAGUAGGGGCACAGUGUUUGGGAAGAGCACUGAUGUGCCAGCCUCCACAGAAACAGAACUGUGACAAAUGCCCCACGGUUGACACAUUCAACACUUUCUUCAAAGGACGCUAAAAAGACAUAAAGAAAUUUAAAGUACAAAAAAUGCUGCAUUUAUUUUGCAAGGGGGUCCCCUUUAAUUUAGCAUAUUUUAUUGCUCCCUUCUCCUCAUACAAAAAAUUUAAAAUGACAAAAAUCUCACUAUUCAAAAGUGCUCCUGUUUACAGAAUUGCCAACGUCAGACAGUUUUAGACUUGUUGGAGGGGGAGGUUGUGGUGUUUGCAAAUCAUACUGUUUUUGAGUUGUUUUUAAGCGGUUAUUAAGUUGUUUUGAAGCUGUAAAAGUGUUUGAAAGACCAUCACUGACACAAAGUUCAAGCUGGUUGGUUUGAAGUGAUGCUUUGAGUUGUUCAUGAAAGAGUCAUACCUCUGUUCCCUUGCCAUCUGAACUCUGGAAUUUAUUGGAAAUGUGUCUUAAUUGGUUUGUUGACAUGUCAUUAACACAUGAGGAAAGAAGAAAUGUACCUCCUUGAUACAAUGGUAAGGAAGGCUGAACGGUUUAGAGGUGGUGGGGAAAUUCUGUCACCACUCGUACUAUCUGAGUAACUUCAUUUUCCAGCCUGUUAAUUUAAUUACCCAUCCAGUCGUUACUUUUAAUUUUCACAUCAAGAUGGCAAACGGUUCAGACGCUCUCCAGGGUUUACUAUUAAAGAGUGAAAAUUAUUAGAAAUGAGAGAAACAAAAAUAUUUUAUUGAAUGUUUUUCUGUGAAGGGCACUCAAUGUUUUUUGAGGAAUGUUUGAAUAACAACAGAUUUGGCUGAUUGGGAUUGGAUUGGGAAUUUUAUUUUUUUCCAGCGGUUUAAUAAAAAGGUGUUUGAAGACA